AAAGCUCCCCGUCUCUAGACAUCAGUUUCGUACGCUCAGACGACGCGCAGAUCCGAGGAAAGAAAAGCAAAUCGUGCCCAACCAAACCCUAGCCCCCUCCCCAGCCCAUGGCGAAGUUCGGCGAGGGCGACGCACGGUGGAUCGUGCAGGAGCGCGCCGACGGUGCCAACGUCCACAACUGGCACUGGGCGGAGCGCGACUGUCUCGACUGGUCUCGCGCGCUUCUCUCCAAGCUCCUCGCGGGCCUCCCCGUCCUCUCCGGAGAGGGCGGCCUCACCCUCCGCACCACCACCCUCGACAAGCUUGAUGGCGAGGCCUACGUCAACAUCCGCAAGGGCAAGGUCAUCCCAGGGUACGAGCUUUCCCUCACGCUCGCCUGGGAGGCCGAUGCCACAACGGAGUCGGGGGUCGUCAAGGUCACCGGCACCGCUGAGGUACCCUACCUCGCUGACGAGAACGCCGACGAGGACCCCGAACUCCGCAUCACUGUUCGCGGUGACGACGGCCCCCUCGCGCGCCGGGCCAAGGAUGCCUUCAUCGCCCAUGGCAAGCCUCUGGUCAUUGCGAAGAUCCGGGAUUAUGUCGCCGCCAUGGCGAAUGGUGGCCCCGCCAAGGACGAGAUAGAUUCUAAGAAGAUUUCCACCAAGGCCGCCCCGGCGGCCGGUGGCGCAGCUGUUGCUCCUGCUCCUUCAGUGAAGGUGACAGCAGCGCCAGUGCAGGCGCCAGCAGCUAAGGAGAAGAAGGCGAAUGGCAAGGAUAAGGAAGGAUUCAAGACUAUCGAGAUGACAGAGAAGUUCAACUGCCGCUCCAAGGACAUCUAUGAGAUCUUGAUGGAUGAGAACAGGUGGAAGGGUUUCACACAGAGCAAUGCGAGGAUCAGCAAGGAUGUUGGUGGGCAGUUUAGCCUCUUUGAUGGGUCCAUCACAGGUGUUAACGAGGAGCUGCAGGAAGGGAAGCUGAUCGUGCAGAAAUGGCGGUUUGGGAGCUGGGCUGAUGGCGUCCAUUCUACAGUCAGGUUGGUGUUUGAUGAGCCUGAGUCAGGAGUGACAAUAAUAAAGCUCAAACAAACUGAUGUGCCAGAGGAAGACAGGUAUGGGAACUCAACCGUGGUGGAGAACACCGAGAGAGGCUGGAAAGAGCUCAUCUUCCAGAGGAUACGUGCAGUGUUCGGUUUUGGGGUCUGAAAAAGCAUCUUUGACAUCCAACUUCAAUGAAGUCGAUCCUGCCUUUUCAUGGCUAUCCAUGUUUUGCUGUCUUAGUUUAUUCGAUGCUGAUAGACACACAAAACUUCGUGAACUUCCGGGAAUUGAAAAAUACGUGUUACCUUGUACAGUAUUCAUCACGCUGGGUUGUGCUUCGAAGUCGUCACUCCUGAAAGUUUUGGCUUGUGACUCAUGUAGAGGCCGGCGAAAGAUGGUCGCUGAGUGACUAUUCUUUUUGUUCCUUGCGUUUGUAUGACAUGGUACCAGAUAAAUUUUAUUGAAGGUUCUA